AAUCGAACUCGGCAUCGAGAUCCGUCGGUCGAGGUUGGUUGGUCGGCACUCCCAAGGUGGAUGCGAUUUUUUUUCCGCGCCGGUGCCGUCGCGAUUAUUUCUUGUUUCUUGGAGGACCCUUAAAACCGGGGGAUGUAGCGGGAAAACUGGCAUCUGAUUUACGUGAAAAGUUGAAAGUUGAAAGUUGAAAGUUCGCGUUUAUACGAACAUGUGUUCUAAUCGCGUCGGUGGAUGGUGAGAUGCACGCGCCGUGAUGAUAUGAGUAUUAGAGUUUUUCAAACAAGUGGCAGAGCCGAGCUUGCGGCUUUGGAAAAUUGGCCAGUUGUUAAUAUUUCGCGUGGGAGAAGGAGUGGAGAAAACACAACCGGAGAUUUAUCGGAUCCAGGGAUGUGUGAAAUACCAACGGCACUCAGCCGUUAUCCGUCCCGAGAUAAUCGGGAAUCAAGAAUCAUCGGCAUGCUCCAGAGGACGAACUAAUGGAAAACAAAUUGAUCGUGUACGUAAACAAGGUCAAGGUUUUCGCGACGCGAACGGUAUCCGAACAAUACUUGAAAAGAAAAAACAAUUAGCAAAUGACGAUGCGUUCGUACUGGCCAGAUCAUUAAUCAAUGAUAGAAGAAGAACUGGAAAAACGAUCGAACGACGCAGUACGUCUGAGCGUUUGAACGCGGCAUCUUUGUAUCGAAAAGAUGUUUGAAAACGGAACGGUGUUUUCGGGCGGCUCGAUCAGGGAGGAAAAUGCUUCGGGUUGCAACGACUCGAGAGGGAUCUGGAAGCUGGAAGAACCCUCGCGACGGGAUCCUCUCUACGUCGUCAUACCGAUAACGAUAAUCUACGUGACGAUAUUCCUCACCGGGGUCGUCGGCAACAUCUCGACCUGCGUCGUGAUAGCGAGAAACAAGUCGAUGCACACCGCGACCAACUACUACCUCUUCAGCCUGGCGAUAUCGGACCUGCUGCUUCUGGUAUCGGGUCUGCCCCCGGAGAUGUAUUACAUCUGGUCCCAGUUCCCGUACGUUUUCGGUGAGAUAUUCUGCGCGAUACAGAGCUUCGCGGCUGAGACGUCGGCCAACGCGACCGUUCUGACGAUCACCGCCUUCACCGUCGAACGAUACGUCGCCAUUUGCCAUCCCUUCGUCUCUCACACUAUGUCAAAACUCUCGAGAGCAGUCAAGUUCGUUGUGGCGAUCUGGCUCUUCGCCCUCGGCCUGGCCGUGCCGCAGGCCAUUCAGUUCGGCAUCGUUUACAGCGUGGACGAGAACGGUACCGCUGUCGAGGAGACCGCGAUGUGCACCGUCAAGUGGGUCAUCCUCGAACAUGCCUUCGAGUUGUCAACCAUGCUGUUCUUCGUCGUCCCGAUGACCAUCAUCACCGUUCUCUACCUACUCAUCGGCGUCAAGCUCAGACGAUCGCGACUCCUGACUGCCGUCAAGAGGACAUCGAUAUCCAACAGCAUCAACAACGGGGAAAGCGUCAGAGGCAAAACCGCCGCUCAACGGAACGUCAUACGAAUGCUGGUGGCAGUCGUCGUCGCUUUUUUCAUCUGCUGGGCUCCUUUCCACGCGCAGAGGCUUCUGGCUGUUUACGCCCAAGGUGCAAGCCAGGAAGAACACCAUCCCGUUUUAGUCACCGUCUACACAACCCUCACGUACGUUUCAGGGAUAUUCUACUAUCUCUCGACGACGAUUAAUCCACUCCUAUACAACAUCAUGUCCAACAAGUUUCGAGAAGCGUUUAAGACGAUGCUGUCCCAGCAUUGCGGCCGAAGAAAAUCUCAGUGGAAAAGCAGCCCGCGAAGACCGACUUACAGUGCAUUGUCACGUCGUGCGACGAGAGGCUGCGAUUAUCGACACUGUGAUGCGAAUUAUCGGCAAUCAGGAUCGGUGUCCGUAAGCGAGGAGGUGCAGCGACCAGCGUUGAAACAUCAGACAGCCUUGGACAUGGCCGAUGGCGGGAUUGAGGAGAUUUUCAGAAGAGAAAAUGUCGAACCGGGGGUAGAAGGAUCGCCGGAAAGGGUCACGGGGACUUCCAAGGAGUCGAAAGAAGUGUUCCGCAACGAUACUAAAAGUUGCAUCUCCAGAGGUUCCUCGGAUUCUAGUCAAGUCACGAUGACCACGUCGGUCAGCAAGAAACUCUGCAACGAGGGCAACAACAACGCGGCGUUCAAUUUCGAGCAUCGCGUUCCAAAGGAACACUCGUCGGAAACGAAUCCGCGAUCUCAGAAGACCGUGGUUCUUGGUAUUCUGGCGGACAGAUUGCGGUUCGGUACGAGAGGAUUGUUCGCCUCGGACGUGAAGAAUGCCAGGCCCAAAGUCAGACCGGAAGUUGCUAGCGCGCCGCCGAGAUUGAGAAGUGAGGCGAGCAUAGAGAGCGCGAACACGAUAAGUAAUUCCAGUUUGCAGGAUCUGGACGAAACGGAAUUCACCGGUUCGGAACUCGCCCGGUACAUGGGGGAGGUCAACUUUGACCUGAUCACUUGACGAUCGGCCAAACAUUCUAAAGCGACAACGUCGUCCUUGCGGAGGUUCUCGCUCAGGGAUUAAAGCGAAAUUCAUCCGGCGUGAAAUUGGAUAUACCGGAUUCCGUAGCCUCGAGUUGUUUCGAGAGGUGGAAAUUUAUUUGAGCCCGACCCACGACAACGGUGGUCAGUUCGUGAAAACGGGUAGAAAACAGGGGAAAGUGUGGAAUCCGGUUUCGGUUUAUUGGAGUUUGGCGCGUCACUCGAUGCGUGUAACGUCCGGCUGAUUGAUGCUCGUCUGACUCAAUUUCACGCCAAGUUUGUCGAGAGAGCGGAGGAAAACCGAUACCGAUGUCAUAAUCAGAUAUACAGAGUAUCGUUCAGAUUGAAAACAAAACGAAGAAGCGGUUAAAUCUAGCAUAAGUGGUAUAAGAAGAAUGUGGGGGAAAAAAAACUCGAAACAGUCGUGAUGCUAAUCCGAAACGAUUCUUUCCACUCGCUGAAACUUGACGAGCUUAAAUUAUUAUUAUUGUUAUACUCUGGAUGUUGAGCCAUUAAAAUAAAUUUGUAAACUUUCUUUUUGUAAACCUGAAAUCCGAUUUAAUAUUAUUCUCAAAGUUUUACUGUAACAGCUUCAGAAUAUUGUGUGAUGUUCUUCUAAAGCCAAAGUUUCGAUGAUGCAAGUAGAGUAUAGAAAAUUGUAUUCGUUAAAUUAUCGCAUCAUGCGAAAACCGUUCGCGAGCUUUUUACGCAAGAUUUUGCUAAACGCAUUGAAAGAAGGAAAAAUUUCCUUUAUAUUUUUAAAGCAUUCACUAGUCCCAAAAUUCCAGAACUCGUGAUUAAGGCGGAGUCAAUUUUUAUCGAAAUUAUAAAAACUUGUAUUAAUAUCCGACGUAAACAGAGUGUAAAUAAUUUAUUUAUUUUUAUAUGUCAUUAUAAUAAUAGAUAAUAAACAAUUAAGCGGCA